CGUGGAAAUGCUGCUUUCGCGAGUAUUGAUUUUGCAUCCCGAGACUCGAGUCGAGUUUUUAGUUUCGCUGUGUAAGAAUAGUUUUCUAAAAAGAAGUGGUAGCACACAAUAAAAGGCAAUUAUGGAUCAGCCAAGUGGGAGUAACGCAAGCUUUGCAGCGGAAGCAAUGGAUACGGAUGUUCCGAAGAAGUCGAACUUGGUAAGAAGAGCAUCUUCUCUUGAUAGAGCUGGUAGAGCGAGACGAUCCAAGGUAGACGCAAGCAAAGACCAUUGUUUUGCUAAAAAUAUACAGUCUCUGAUUGUGGAGUGUGAAAUGAGGAUAAGGGGUUAUUUAAAACUCCAACGCUUAGCAACAGCUGCUCAGGAUUAUAACAUAUUUGAUGUCGAUGAUGACUCGUCAAAUAGCAGCAACAUCAGUCUCAACAGCAGCGCUGAGAAUAUCUUUGCUGAUACCAUCGCACCACGGCCAAGAUUCCAGAGGAAAGAAAAAUCAACAAUUGGGUCAUGGCUUUUUUUGUCCUCUGUGGAAGGAGGUUGGAGCUACGAAAAUACGAAGAGCUUUCUUUUAAAAGUAUAUGGAGUGAAAUGUCUAAGAAGUAGAACUUUAUCAGACAGGCUUGCCAUGGAAGGAGAUUUCAAAGCCAUCGUUAAAUUUAGAACUAGCGAGGAACUAAAUCGAAUCGUUAUGAGCUUAAAACAUAGAAAAAUUACUGAUAAAUUUAUAUUUUUAUCAUUCGAUAAAAUGCCAAUUCCAUAUGAUGAAUCAGAUUCGGAGAGUGAAGAGGAGACAAGGCUUAAUCCCUUGUCCAUGAUCCCAAAGGGAAUUUAAACAUACAGAUGAAAGCUGAGUCAUCUUUAUUACCGUUAGAUCUUCGUGUCGUAGCUGUUUGGUGUCUAUAUACAAACUACUUCUUUCAGUAUAUAAUGUGUAUUAAUCCAUCUUACCCAACGAAACGAAAUAUUGGGAAUUAUAUUGUCUCCAACUCGGCGUAGAUAUAUUUAAAAAGGAAUUAGGUGUCUAAAUGAAGAAAGACUGCGUUUUAACACGGUGUGGCUAGAAGAAGCUUUCGAAGAUGAGUGUAAGACUGAGAAAUUAACCUUACAACAGAGUACGUGAGGUAGUAUUCUACCUUGAGAUAUAUAUAUAUAUAUAUGUAUUAAAAAGAAUUUACUUGUAUUCUUUUGAAAAUUUACAUGACUUAUCUUUGGAUACGAUUAUAAAUUGUUUAGCGAUGUUUCAACAUGUAAUUUUCACAUUAUAAAAUCAUGCUAACUCAAUUGUAAUGAAUAUC